CUUCAACUAAAUAAUCGCAUCCACCAUGGCGCUAAAUAUGAAGGCUCUGCUGGCCAUGAUCCUGGUCUUCGUGGGCUGCUGCAGCAACGUCGUCUUCCUGGAGCUGAUUAUCAAAAUCGAUCCGGGCGCUGGCAACCUGAUCACAUUCUCACAGUUCGUCUUCAUUGCGCUCGAGGGUCUGAUCUUCACCUCGAAGUUCUUCACGGUCAAACCAAAAAUCGCCUUCAAGGAUUACGUAAUGCUCGUGGUGCUCUUCUUCGGGGCGAACGUGUGCAACAACUAUGCGUUCAACUUCAAUAUACCGAUGCCGCUGCACAUGAUCUUCCGCAGCGGGUCGCUGAUGGCCAACAUGAUCAUGGGCAUCAUAUUGCUGAAGAAGCGCUACAACCUGAGGCAGUACAGCUCCGUGGCGAUGAUCACGGCGGGCAUUAUUCUGUGCACGCUUGUGUCGAGCGGCGAUGUCAAGGACAACACGCAUCCCACUCUGAAGGUGGACACCUCCUUCUCGGACUUCUUCUGGUGGAGCGUGGGCAUUGCUCUGCUGACGAUCGCCCUGCUGGUGACGGCCUACAUGGGCAUCUACCAGGAGGUGAUCUACAAGCGCUACGGCAAGCAUCCCAACGAGGCGCUCUUCUACACACACAUGCUGCCCCUGCCCGGGUUCCUCAUCAUGGCCAGCAACAUCGCCCAGCACUGGAGCAUCGCCGUUAGCUCCGAGGCGGUGGCUGUCGCCCUGCCCGUGCCCGGAGUGAGCUGGACGCUCAGCUUUCCGCUGAUGCUCUUCUACCUGCUGUGCAACGUGGUCACCCAGUACAUCUGCAUCAGCUCCGUCUACGUGCUGACCACGGAGUGCGCCUCCCUCACAGUCACGCUCGUGGUGACGCUGCGCAAGUUCGUCUCGCUCCUCUUCUCCAUCAUCUACUUCCGCAAUCCGUUCACCCUCUCCCACUGGCUGGGCACCAUACUCGUCUUUUUUGGCACCGUGCUCUUCGCGAAUGUGCUCAACCAGCUGUGGGCGGCCUACCAGCUGCGCCGCAAGGCGGAGUCGCAAGCCGUCGAGUACAGUCGCAUAUGAGGCUAGGGACUAGGCUAGGCAAAGACAUUUGACAAUUAAAACGAUUCAGUUAGGAUAUGAAAACAAAUUGUUUUUUUUUUUUAAUGGGACUCACUCAGCAAAUAGUACGUGUAUGUGUGUGUGUGUGUGAGUUUGUAUAUGUAUGUAUAUCUUUAAAUAUAUAUAUAUGAGUUAAUACUUAUGGAAAUCGGAAAAAUCGUGUUAUCAGUUCACACAUUCGCUAUAAAUCGCACAUAAAUGUUAAAAUGUAAAUUUCAAAAGAACAGAACAGGUAAAAAAAAAA